CAAUUCAGCUCGUACUUUGGAACGAUUGAUCAGCUCUGACACUUGCACAAUCUACUAACAAAGGUCAUGCAGCACCUGAACACCAUCAUGGCAGAAUCACCGGGCCUCAUCACUGUCUUCCUUUUGGGAUAUCUACUCAGUGCUGAAUGUGCAGUUUUUCUUGAUCGUGAAAAUGCCACCAAAAUUCUAAUCCGUCCAAAAAGAUAUAAUUCAGGGAAACUGGAAGAGUUUGUUCGAGGAAACCUUGAGAGAGAAUGUAUAGAAGAAAGGUGUAGUUUUGAAGAAGCACGAGAAGUUUUUGAAAACACUGAAAAAACUACUGAAUUUUGGAAGCAGUAUGUUGAUGGAGAUCAGUGUGAGUCAAAUCCUUGUUUAAAUGGUGGAAAAUGCAAGGAUGAUAUUAAUUCCUAUGAAUGUUGGUGCCAAGUUGGAUUUGAAGGAAGGAACUGUGAAUUAGAUGCAACAUGUAACAUUAAAAAUGGCAAGUGCAAGCAGUUUUGUAAAAAUGGUGCUGAUAACAAGGUAAUUUGUUCCUGCACUGAUGGAUACCAACUUGCAGAAGACCAGAAGUCCUGUGAACCAGCAGUUCCAUUUCCAUGUGGAAGAGUUUCUGUUUCAUACAGUUCUAAGAAGCUCACCCGUGCAGAGACUAUUUUUUCUGACAUGGGCUAUGAAAAUUCUACUGAAGCUGAAUUCAUUCUGGAUGACAUCACUGACGGCACCAUUCUGGAUAACGUCACCGAAAACAGUGAAUCACUGAAUGACUUCACUCGAGUUGUUGGUGGAGAAAAUGCCAAACCAGGUCAAAUCCCUUGGCAGGUCAUUUUAAAUGGUGAAAUUGAGGCAUUCUGUGGCGGUGCCAUCAUUAAUGAAAAAUGGGUUGUAACUGCUGCCCACUGUCUCAGACCUGGUGAUAAAAUUGAGGUUGUUGCAGGUGAAUAUAACAUUGAUGAAAAGGAAGACACCGAGCAAAGGCGAAAUGUGAUUCGAACUAUUCCUCAUCACCACUACAACGCAAGCAUUAAUAAGUACAGCCAUGACAUUGCCUUGCUAGAGCUGGAUAAACCUUUAAUACUAAAUAGCUACGUAACCCCUAUCUGUGUUGCCAAUAGGGAAUAUACAAACAUCUUCCUCAAGUUUGGGUCUGGCUAUGUAAGUGGCUGGGGGAAAGUCUUCAACAAAGGUAGACAGGCUUCAAUUCUUCAAUACCUUAGAGUUCCACUGGUUGACCGAGCCACGUGCCUUCGGUCCACAACAUUCAGCAUCUAUAACAACAUGUUCUGUGCUGGUUACCGUGAGGGAGGCAAAGAUUCUUGUGAAGGAGAUAGUGGGGGACCCCAUGUUACUGAGGUGGAAGGAACCAGUUUCUUAACUGGCAUUAUUAGCUGGGGUGAAGAGUGUGCAAUGAAAGGCAAAUAUGGAAUAUAUACUAAGGUUUCCCGGUACGUCAACUGGAUUAAGGAAAAAACAAAGCUAACUUAAUGAAAAAAAAACAACUAUUUUUGAAGGCUAUUCACUAGGAUUGAAAAUGGACCAAGCUCUUUACUAACUAGUCAUUUUCCACCUCUUGUUAAAUUUGAAUAUAUAAGUUCUAUAAAUACUGAUUUUUCUCUGUGCAGAUGAGGAUCCCAUCUAGGAUCUAUAUUGUACUAGAUCAAGUAGGUUAGCAGAUAUAAUCGCUAGAGAAUGAGUUUGGUAAGAGAUUUUACUGUUUCCAUAAGUGCAGCCCUUGGCAAAAUUAGAAAGGAAAGUUUUCCAUGGUGCCCAUCAGGAAGGAUGGUCCUCGACUGCAGUGACUUACCUGGUUCUCCCUUCUUAGCUGUAACCCAUGUCAUAGAUCUUCCUUGCCUCUCUCAAGUUUAUUGGGUUUCUACCAGAAUCUUUAGCCCAUUUAAGGCCAGAGGCACACAGGAGCCACUGAUAGGUUAAAACUCAUCAAAAUCAUUACUUCCUCUCCUGUUUUUUUUUUCCUGAAUCCUGUAUCUUUUCAAACUGUCAAUCCCUAAAUCAGUGUUCCCUGACUCACUCCCACUCUCCCUAGCCAUGGAGGGGGAAGAGGACUCUUUUUAAAUGCCAUAUAUAUAUAUAUAUACACACACACACACACACACACACACACACACACACACACACACACACACAGCAAACCCAUAUUCGCUUUCAGUUUUAUCUCAAACUUACUUUGGAUAACAUGGGAUAAGGUGUACUACCUACAAUCAUAAGGGGAAUUCCCCCUUCAAUGCACCACCCAGGAUAGUUCCCUAAGAAUGUGUAAUCGGUGAUCAUGGAGGCCUGACAUUGAUCAAAAUGCAUUGCCUCCUGUCUGAAAGAAAUCAUGGUAAUAGAAAGUUAAUGAUGAGCCAGACAGAGUAGUGAAUGCCUUUGAUCCCAGCACUUAGGAGGCAGAGGCAGGUGAAUCUCUGAGUUUGAGGCCAGCCUAGUCUAUAGAGUUAGUUCUAGGACAUCCAGGGCUACAUAGAGAAGCCCUGUCUUGAAGAAAAAGAAUAAGAAAGAAAAAGAAAAAAAGUAAAUGAUUAAUUUAGCCAUGUAAGUUCACUGUGUAUAGUAGCAUAUUGGUAAACGUUUAAGCAAGGGCUCUUAAAAACAACUCAGAACCUUAUGUGUAGCAACUACUCAUCUCUAUGGUAUAAUCUUGGUAGAUUUCAAGCUAUUAACAUGAAAUUACUGAACAAGGGAGUUGAUAAAACAUACAAAAUUGAUCUAAAACAAUGCUUUAGUCAGUUUUAACCUAGAACUAGCUGAGUUCUCAAGGAAUGUUUUAACAGCGUGUGUUCAGCCUUCUCCAGUGCCAAUCAACAAGACAACUUGCCUAAACAAGACAACCAACAUAAGUGGGCUCAAGGACAGAGUCAUUGCAAAUGGCCAACUGAAUUGCCCAUUUCUGGUUUUCAGCUCACCAAUGAGCUUUGUUAUUAUAAUUAAUCUUGCUAUAUUAAGUUUUUUAGAGGGUAACUGACCAUCCAACACGUUUUUUUCAUCUGGGACUUAAUGAACUUGUAUUUUAAUUCAUAUCAUGGAUCUCUGUAUAAACUUGUCUGAUAUUGAGCACUCAAUGAUGCAUAAAGGGGAAAAAUGACAAAAGCAUGAUUUGAACCCCUUGGCACUGUCACCUGCCCCCAUCAAACAAACCCUACUUCACUACUGCUGAUUUUACUAAAGUGCCACUACUUACUCUUUUUUGUCUUGUAAAAAGUAUCAAUAAACAUCUUUCCAAAUUUC